AUGGAAGAUAUGGCAGUGGUGUCCACGUUCUUUCCUGUCGGACCCACGUAUUUCGGCACUGGACACACCAGCGCCCCAGAUCACAUUCUUAUUCCAGCGGACGCGGUGGCAGCCACUGUGGCAUGCCGCACGCUUAGAGAGGCGAUGAAGGAGCUGCAAGUCAUACCUGACUGGAGACCCCGAGACCAUGCCCCUGUCCUGUGCCAAGUACGCUACAAGCUCGAGGCCCCGCCCACAGAACCUGCGACUGCGCGUUGGGAUCAGAAUUGCCUUGCGAAAGUGCUGAAGCAUGGCGGCGACGGCACGGAGAUCUUGGGGCAGCUCGAGAAGCUAUGCAAGAAUACCGGGGGCACCUGGGAGCGCGACACCACGCCCUUGGAUCCGUCGGAGGCUUGGGCUUCGCUGGCGCAGGAUAUUCGGAAGGCAGCCCUCCCCGAGGCAGCGCAGCAGGAGCUGAAGGCGGAGAAGCGCAGGCUCGACCUCGCGAGGAUUGAGGAGCUCAUGCAGGAGGCCUGCUUGCAUCGAGAUUGCGGAGACAACUCCAACCUUUGGCGCACCAUCUACGCGGUGGGUUCGCGCUGUCGUGGCCCUCGCUCGAGGGCCCUCAAUGUGCCAGACCACGACUUGCCGAGCCUGCAGGAGUGGGAGCACACCAUGACGGCGGCGGCUC